AUGAUUUUUUUCUCGCUGAUCUGCGUGCUUCUCGCCGCCUCGGUGCAGCACAUGCUGCCCUCGCCCCCUGUCACUGCGGUCGGCAUCGAUCUCGGCACAACCUUCUCGUGCAUCGCCACGUUCAACGAUGGGGAAGUCGAGGUGGUGGUCAACGCGGAGGGGUCAACGAUCACGCCCUCGGUCCUAUUCGUGCCAGAGGACGGCUCCGACCUCGUCGUCGGUGAGUAUGCACGCGCCGCCGCCGCAAGGCAGAACGGGACGCUCCUCUAUGAUGCCAAGCGGCUGAUUGGCAAGCGCUUUGAUGCGGAACGGCUGGCGGUGGAGGCGGCAGAGCUGCCCUUUGAGGUGGGGGCGCACAUCGUGAGGCGGCUGCGCGCGGCCGCUGAGCGGCGGGUGGGGGCGGAGGUGCGGCUGGCUGUGCUGGCAGUGCCGGUGGGGUUCGCGCGGCAGCAGAUCGAGGCGACGCGCGAGGCUGCGAUGCUCGCCGGCUUCGAGGUGAUGCGCACGAUUCACGAACCGACCGCGGCGGCCAUGGCGUACGGCCUGCACGAGGGCGGCGGUGCUGGCGGCUCCCUCACCGUCCUCGUCUACGACAUGGGCGGCGGCACGCUCGACGUCUCGCUCCUCCUGCUCACCAACGGCAUCUUCGAGGUUGUCGCAGCCGCCGGCGACAACCGACUGGGGGGACAGGACUUUUCGGCGGCGAUGCUCGACGAGCUCGUCGCGCGCGCCUCCACGGCAGCCGAGGUGGACGAGACCGCGGUGCGGGCCGACCGCGAGACGAUGCGGGCGAUGCGGGAGGAGGCGGAGAGAGUCAAGGCCGAUUGCGCCGGCGUCUUCUAUGACGGCGACAUCGGAGCGACCAUUUCGCUCGACCUGCCGCCACGGUUGGCCGCCGCCGCGCCACUCGCGCUCUCGCGCGCUGACUAUGAGGCGAUGCCGCGCGUCACCGAGCUAUUCGAGCGGUCGAUGGCUCCGGUCGCGCAGGUCUUGGCCCGCGCCGGGGUGGCGGCAGCGGAGGUGGGCAAGAUGAUGGAGCCCAAUUGCGCGGUAUCGCCGGAGGAGGCGGCCGCUAUCCUCACCGACCGAAAACGCAUCUCCGUCGGCGCAACCGAGGCGGCGCUGCACGGGCGCGUGGCGGGCGACGUCGAGCGGUAA